AUGUCAUCAUCAUCUUCAAUAAUUCCACCCAUAUCAAUUAAAACUGUUGUCACUUGUUUAUUAUGGUAUAUUGUUUCAUCAAUAACUUCGCAAUUAACUAAAUUAAUAUUAACAAAAUUUCCAUUUGCUUUAUUUUUAUCUCAAUGUCAAUUUUUAAUUGGUGCUUUUUUGGCGUAUACUUUUAUUUCAAUAAUUCAAAAAUAUCCCACGGCAGUUGAUCAUUUCCCACCUGGUUCAGUGCCUAGUAGAGAAGCAAAUUCAAUUUUAUCAUUUGCAAUGUUUUUAAAAAUAUUUCCAUUAGGAUUAUUUCAAUUUGUUGGGAAAUAUUUAUCAUUAACUGCUACUUCAUUAAUACCGUUACCAACUAUUUCGAGCGUAAAAGCUUUAAGCCCAUUACUAAUUGUAUUAGGGUACAGAAUUAUUUACAAAGUUAUAUUUCCUAUAGUGACUUAUUUAUCAUUAGCUCCAUUAUUAAUUGGAGUAAUUUUAAUCAUAACAUCUGAUUCAAUUGAGAAUCCAAAUUCAGAUACUAAUUUAUUGACUAAUGAAAAUAAUGAAUUAGAUGAAAAACAAAUUCACGGUAUAAUAUUAUGUUUAUUAAGUACUAUAGUUUUUGCAGCUCAAAAUAUUUACGGAAAACAGUUAAUCACUUGGGAUAAUCAAACUAAAAACGAACCAAAUCCAGCAUCAUUGGUAUUAAAUACAGAUUUAACAAGACCUUCAACUCCAAUGAAUAAUGGAUCUUAUAUUUAUUCAACUAAACAAGUUUUUGAUUCUGAUAAAUUAUCUCCGGAUUAUUUUAAACUAAAAACUGUACGACAAAGAUCAAAUUCAAUAAAAUUACCGUAUUCAACAUCAGAUUUAACAUUAGAUGAAAUGAAAGAAAAUCAUAUUUUAGCACCACCUAUGGAAUCAUAUCAAAAUACAGUUAAUCAAAAUAAAAUGAAUAUCUAUAAUCCUUUUGGAUUUAUCGUAUCUAAAUUUGAUUUAGAUAAGGUUUCAAAACCUGAUAAAUUAACAUUAAUAUUUUAUUGUUCAGUUAUUGGUUUCACACUUUCAAUUGGUGGAUUUGUAUUUAAUGAAUUACCUCAAAUGUAUUUACAAUUUACUAGAAUACCAAUAGAUAAUGAUUUAAAAGUGGAAGUAAUUGACACUUCACAAGAAUUUAUAACAAUUAUGGUAUUAAUACUUUUAGAUUCCUUAUCACAUUUUGCUCAAACUUUACUAGCUUUCCAUUUAUUAGGUUCAAUACCAGCAUUAAGUUAUUCAAUUGCAUCAAUGUUAAAAAGAAUAGUAUUGAUUACAACUAGUAUAAUAUUUACAAUUGGAUAUACGUCUAAAAACAAUGAUAAAUGGUUAGGUAAAAUAACUAUUGAACAAUUAGUAGGGUUAUUAUUGAUUGGAUUUGGCUUAUACUGUUACGAUAAAUGGGGUUCAAGAAGUUUGAAACCAGAUAGAUCUUAA